AUGGCGGGAGGCGAUGUGCUGAUGCUCGAAGCUCCACCGGAGAGCUCUCGCCAGAGCUGGACGGUUGUCCCUAAGGCGGAUGUCAUCGACGCGCUUCCCUACAUCGACGACGAGUACGGCGAUCCGAGGGUGAAGGAGGAGGUGGACAGGCUGGUCGAAGAUGAGAUGCGGAGGAGCGCGAAGAGGCCUGCGGACUUCCUUAGAGACCUUCCGCCUAUGCCGAAGUUCAGUUUCGAGGUACACAGCGCUUUCCUCCUGCCUUCUCUCUUUUUCCCUCCCUAUCGUCGGAAUCCAUUUUCGGGGUCUAGGGCUUUUGUGGGGGCUUGGAUUAUUUUUUCUCGGAUUCAGAUGAACUUGCGGGUGUCACUUUUUGUCGCUUGUGUUUAAGAAGUUCUACUGUUGAUAAUGUUGUAGAAUCACCCUAUGCUCGCUCGAGAGUACGAACGGAUCAGGGCUGGCAAACCCCCGGUGGCGCUGGAUAUGUCAAGAUAUGGCUUAGAACCACCAAAACGCAAUGAUGUUGCCGCCUGGAGGCACGCUGUCAAAAAUGCGCAGAGCCUGUUGCAGCAUCAAAUUGUCAGGUGUGCACGUGGUGGUGUAUAACGAGAUUGGAAAUAUGAACAUUUGAAACUUCAUGUCAUUUCAGGUUUCUCAUUUUACUAUGCUCGAGGCUAUCGUGCCAUAAUGCUUACAAAUAAACCAUAUUUAUUUUCCUGAUGCGUUCUGUUUGCAUUACCUGGAGUCUUUUGAAAUUGAGAGGCUCUUACCUUCCGGACACUUAAAGAACCUUAUAUCCUGUGAACUUCGGAAUGAGUAGAGUAUGCAUAGAGGAAUGAUUACUGAAAAUAGCUUCUCACAUGGUAUCCACAGAAGGUGAGUGUGUUUCUUAAACUUCCUUGGAGUUUGCCUUUCCCUAAUUAUCUUCCCAUCAGAGGUUUAGAAGCAUCAGUGUCUUUAGGUCGGAUGAGCUUGGUCUCUUGUAGACAUCCAUCGGGAUUCUCUCCUCGUUUUUCUUGAAAAGAAUGGUAACUACGAAUACAUUUUUGCAAUUUAACGAGAUUAUAAGUCGUCAUAAGAAUUGUAAAGGUUAAUUAAUUUGUAUACCCGAUAUUAUUUGCUUAAGUGUUGCUUCCUUUUAUGCACGAGGCAUUAACGAGUUUAGCUCUCCUCAAUUGUUUCUUAUGAGCACUUUACAUGAAAAAGAACAUAUUUUCCAACGCGCCAAAUGAUCUGACGAGUCUUUCGUACUUGAUAAGUUCUCCUUCAGUGCUAUCCUACAUUGCUUUGCAGUUUUUUUUGUUUUGGCUAAUUAAGCAUCUCUUGAUAGUUUCCGUAGAGGUGAGAGAUAUCUGGACUAAAAAUAUGCCGCACAAAGACGAUGUUGGGGUACUCGUGUGGGGGCAUAACGUUUAGGGGCAUUUUCUCCUAUUGACUAGAUAUGCUCCUGCAAACAUCAAUCGGCGUUUAUAAAGCUUUAUAUUGAAAGUAAAUCUUAGUGGAUUAUACUUCUACGACGACCACUGAUCUGUGUUUUCAUUGAGAGGCGCAAUACAGAAAUAAAAAGAUCUUCAUAAAAUCUGGAUAAAGGCGCAUUUGGCAUUAAAUUUAAUUAUUGUAAAUUUCAUUUUUGACUGAGAGAACACAGGAUGAUGAGAAGAAUUUUAUUGUUGGUUGAUAGAGCAUAUGGUGAAAAUGAUCGAAUAAAAAAAGAUGACGAGGACUACCCUGACUGAAGAGCCUAUUCAUACAGCGUAAACAAUUGGAAGGGUCUUUUUGCAGGGAUAAUUAAAGAAUAAAAAUAUAUUGUAGCUACCUAUAAUUUUUUUCAUGAGUCUAAUCAUAGUUCUCCGUUUUCUUAGUUUUGGGAGCUAUGAUUGGAAUAUAAUGAAAUUACAGAAAAUGCGUUUCCUUCACUGAACUUUUCUUUGUAUAAAAUGCAAGCACAUUCAAUGUCGACUUCUAGAAAAUUAGUCCCUAAUCCCCCAUGUACCCUUCCGUUAUUGGUUGUGGCCAAGCUCACACAUUGUUUACCCAAGGGCAUAAUUUGAUCAUUCUGAGUGCGUGUCUCAUGCCUUGAAGGUCCAUUAUAUUUCUAGCCGACUUUAUAAUAUUUUUUUCUGAUAAUUAUGAAAAUAUCAUGCAAAGAAUCACGUCCCAUUCGUUUUCUACGUGUCUUCAUGUCAUUAUCUGUUUACUUUCGUUUUAGAAUUUCGUUAUGCAAAUAUUAGAGGCGUCACUGGUGUAUGCCAUUUGCCGUUAUAAGUGAUGUUUUAUUGAUAGAUGGUAUGAAACUUGGGUUGAAUGCUGAAUUAGGAACUUGGAAGGGCGUGCCUGAAACCUUUAAAAGACGAGCCAUGGACUUUAGUGAUGCUGAGCUGUGGAGUUUGAUUCCAACCCUUGUCUUAACUAGUGUUGUCCGUUUGGUUUGGUUGGGCUUGUGGGAUUAUUAGUGACGAAAUAGAUUUUCAUGCUGACUGUUGCCCUUUUCAAACUAGGCUUCACUAAUCUUAUUUCUAGAAGAGCGAUUCAUCUCUUGUAGUCAUCACUUCGUAGAAAAUAGUGAAUUCAGUUCAUGUGGUUGUGCAUGUAGACAAAGCCAACUCAUAUAAGAUCCCCUUUGUUCAUGUGUUUGACUCCUCACCUCCCUUUUUGUGCUAAUCUUUUCUUUUCUACCUUCUCCCGUAGUUCAUAGGAGGGUUUCACUCAUAACUAGUGGUUUGUAAGCAAAGAUGCUGACAGCAAUCUAGGUGUAUGUUUAAAGCUAGGCUGAUAAAAUACUCUUCUAUCAUCAUUCUGCCCUUUGAAGUGGAAUAUUAUGAUAUGCACAGGCUGUUGUCUACAAAAGUUAGGUCAGAUAAGGUCUCUAGUCGUCAAGUCAAGAAAUUAUACAUUGUGGGGAACUAUGAUGUGCUAUUGUGUUGCAGAAAUGCAUUCAAAACUUCUAGGAUCACUUUAUUAUAUUGUGAUUCGUGCUUUAUUGAAAGAACUAUAUUGCUGUUAAAAGGAUCCAUGGGAAGACUUGAAAUUGGAGUUAGAAGAUGAGAGUUUUCGUGGGUGGAUAUGAAGGUAACACCACCUCAGAUAGGUUUUCCUCUAAUGUAGCACCAUCUGAGAUUAAGGAUUUUUCUGGUAACUGAGCUGGGCUUUCAAUCCAAAUCAGUUGGAUAUACUUUUUUUCAGAAUUUCAGAUCACGCCAUCUCACUAGAGACAGAACGUGUUGUCUGAAGUUGCUAAAGGCCCAGACUGAUUUAUGCUUUGGAAAGAAAUCCACUGGUCCACAGAAGCGCUGAGCAAUACAAAACUUCAUCGGUUCUUAUUUAUUUAUUUUACUCACUCCCCAUUUUUUAUAAAUGUCUUCAUUAUCUCCUAGGUACGUAAUAAUUAUAGUUGACAAGAACCUCCAUCCUUUUCACCCGAAAAUGAGUAAAAAGCAUCAGACUACAUAUCGAAAAUUGUCUGAAACAAGACAUAAUGAAUGGCUACAUCAGAUGACGGACCUGAGAAACAAUAUUAUUGCCGCAGGUGCCAUCUUCUGUAGUUUAUCAUUGAUUUUGCUACUAGCACACGUCUAGUAUGACUUGUUUACUCCUCAAGAUGCAAACUUUCUGCCCUCUUUGUGAUCUAUGCAGAUGAAUAGUACAUCACUCUUAUUUCUUCUUAGCUUUUAAUUUAUUCUCGGUUUUGCAGAAUUGAGAAUCUGGAACUAAUGCUGAAGCAUGGUGUUGAUGUUUGGAAACUACACAUUAAAAGAUUGGAGUCACUUUUGUCCAGGUAAAUCUUUCCUCGGCAUCCUAUUAUUGGCGUGAUCUAUUCACACUCGAAUGUCAUCUGGUACCUUGUCCGUUUCGUGGAAAGUUUAUGGACAAUAUCAAUAUCUUGAGAUACCUGCUGCACGUUCUAAAGACUUUCCUCUUUUGUUCAAACUGAAAACUAAGUCCAGCUUGUGGCAUUUGAAUGAUUAUAUAACCUACCUCGGCCAUGGUACCCCCAAAGCCAAAGAUUGGAUUCAGUCAUUUUGUUGAUCCUACUUGUGUCCAAUCUCUGUUCAUGCCUUUUUCUUUCGAUGCCCACCUGAUUGAUGAUGCAGUGAUUAGCUAUGAUACCAGAUCUUGUAGAUGGAAAGUCACUGAUCUUUCUUCAGUUGAAUACUUGAUUGAUGAUGGUUCAAGUUUGAUGGAAAACUUUCGUUUGGAUCAAAGGCUAAACAGACUCCGUUAAAAUUCUGGGUUGAUUAAUGAAAUCUCCCAGUUCCUGGUUGCUAUUUGUUGGUUUUUUUUUUUAAAAAAAAAAAAAAAAAAGGGUGAAAUGAGUAUCUAUUGUUAUAAAACCAAAGGAGCGAAAUGUGUCACUAAUAAUAUUAAUUUUUAAAACAGAAAAAUAGCUCCUCUAUUCGUGUGAUAAGAUUCUAAGAAGAAGAACAAGAAGCGCAUUAACUCACAAUCCGCUUGCUUUCUUUCAUCCUUUCUUCUCUUAUGUUCUUUGACCAUAUGCUCUUGAGGAAUUGUCUCAGAUUCCAUUACUUUUUUCCAAAUUUUGCUUGAUCUAUCGAAGCUGGUGCUAUCAUCAUUUGAUCACCGAAUUAUUUGUCAACAUAUGUAUGAUACUACAUCAUAUUGAGCCACGGUGCUGUGAGAUGAUCAGCAAUCGCUUCCUAUUUUUAUCCCUUUGGGCAGGAAUAGGAGAGCAACUCCUGCUCCAACCAUAUAUAUCUUGAAUCGAAUUGGGUGGCCUGAUCUUGGCCACCGUGGCUUUGAGGUUAUAAUCAGAAAGGAAAUUUCUAAUCCAUUUUGAAUUACUCGAAAAAAGAAAACGUUCCUUCCUGGUGGGAAAAAAAAAGAAAAGGGUGAGUGAUGAGAUACCAUUGGACCAGUUUGGUCCAUGAAUCUAUAAGAAGCAAUUAGGGUUCUUGGCCCUGAGAUCUCAGAUUCAUGGUGGCCAUUUGCAGGAUGCAGGCGAUUGCUCUGGAAUACAACGAAAGAAUAGAAGCCGUCAAUCGGGAGAGGAAAUUCCAUCAGGUGUGUGUGCUCAUACUCUUCAGCGCCACGAGGAUCCUGACCUCACACUCUCUCGUUGACUUGAGACCUUACGCCCGUCGAUAUAUUGCAUAUGAAUAAAUAAAUUAGUAAAUAAUGUGCAGCAAAACACGGCGGUCCAGCUCAACGCGUUGACCGCUCAGUGGAGGGAGCUCUGCGAGAAGAACAUCGAGAUUGAGGCUGCCUGCGUGAAUCUGCAGAGCUACAUCGAGCAGCUCAAGACGCAGGGGAAGGAGAGGUGGGUUUUGUUUUGUUUUUUUUUUUUAAAUAAUAUUAAUUUUUCGGGUUGGUCUAUUUACGGUGAAAGCCACGUGGCGUGAUUCUCAGUGGUUGAUUUUUGCAGUGGGCUGGACGUGGACGCCGACGGGGAGGGCCUGCGGGAGGCAUUGCCAGUGGGGCAUUGAGGUUCUUUCGUAGUUCCCCUGGCGUUCUCUCUUUCUUUUUCUUCCCCUCCCCCUCAUUAUCAUUAUAUGUCAAAACCUUUCCACAGUUGGAAACACGCGUCUGCGUUCAUGCCUUUUUGGAAAAAUCAUGGGCCUUUUUGCGCUGUGUAGGUGAAUGAGUAUCGGCUGAUCGAUCGAUAGAUGAAUGAAUAUAUAUAUAUAUAUAUAUAUAUAUAUAUAUAUACGAAUAUAGAUAGAUAGAUGGGGAGAGAGAGAGAAAGAGAGAGAGAGAGGGGUAGCAGCCAGAUCUGUUCUAGAAGUCGUCGAGGCAAUGCUUUUUUAUGCAUUUUUCCCUCACAGAGACAAAUAAAGUCAAAACGAGUGCGAGAGGAAAAAAACGCCAAGGGAGAAAGAGGUCCAAGUCAACUUCGAACCGCGACUUGUUUUUUCUCUUUUCUAGACGUAAUUGGAAGACCCAUAUAAAGAUGAAACCGGUUCUCAAUGCGAUGGUCCGAUUUACGAUAAACCCCGAAAAAAAAGUUCCUAAUUUCAGAAAAAACACAUAUCAAACAUGAUUUAAUGUGGUUCAUCAUCGGACAAUAAGAAGAAGAAGAACAGACGAGGAAGUCAUCCUCGGAGUCAACGGCCCGAACCCAGGUGGGCUACUUAAUAUGGGCAGACAACAUUCAACAGCAAUCCCCUCGAACGCCCAAAUGAUUGCCAAGAUUAAGUACCUCACCACGUUGACCUGAUACAAAUGCCUACCCCUCCAACCCUAAUGGCCUAGAGAAAUCAGCAAACCCUUUUGAAGUAUUUGACCUAAUUAGCACACCUACCUGAUAAAUAAGUGCCCUAAUGGAGGAAUCCCAUCCCACAAGAGCAUCAAGAAAACGUCACCGUGCCCGGGCUUCGAAGAACAUCUCUGACAGACCCGCCUGGUUGCUUCGGUGCUGUACUAUGCAAAUGGGUUUCCCCCAAGGGAUGCAACCGGGCCCUGUGAAGGGAUGUCCCUGUCCAAAGCAAAUCGUUUUAGAAUCACCAAGAAUUCAUCAAAGAUACCAAAUAAGGCAACUGUUUUGACUCACGGCAGCUGAGAACUUGGCGGUUGACCAGCCAUGUACGGCAAGCUCCCUGCAAGGGGAACUUUCAAAGGUUGGUGGGCUCCCCGAAAUAGUCAAACCCUAGUGAGACCACUUGGAACGUACCUGAGGCCACAGAAGCAACAUAA